AUGAAAAGUAUCCAAUAAGUAAACUCAUCAUCUGUUCCUAUUGGAGUUUAAGUAACCUAUUCCUUCCCUAUAAAUAGCAAAUUGAUACUCAGCUCUAAAAAGUUAAAACCCUACUUGAUUUAGAGCAUCAGUAAACACUCGAGAGAUCUUUUAAGGAAUCAAAAUUGAAUAAAGAAUUUGCAUAAAAAUUAACUUAGAAAGUUGACUAGUUAUAAUUAGAGAGGGAUAAAUAUAAGAAAUAAUUUGAAGAAGGAUUAAAAAAAGUGGAAGGAAGUGGAUAUGGAAGAACUUCUUUCCACAGCAACAAAAGUGAUUUAGAAAGACAAAUAUAAACUGAAAGAGGCAAAUAGACAGAUAAGUCAGCUCUAUAAUAAAUUUUGAAUGAAAAAGGUGAAUAAUUGCAAUAAGAAAUUGAAUGCUUGAAAAGUGAAAAUAAUUAGGUGACUUCUGACUUAAGAUAAGCAUGGCAGGAUAUAGAUUAGAAAGAACAAUUAAUCAAAAAACUUGAACUCUAAAAUAGUGUAUUAGUGAAUGAAAUUAGAAAGCUAUAAAGAAAACUUUAACAAGAAAAGUUAAAUAAUUCUGAAAUAAAGGCUGUAAAAUAAAAAGAUAUAUCUUCCAGUUAAGAAUAAAUGUAUUAUACUUUUAUUAUUCCUAGGCCAAUAGAAAUAUAAUGCUUAAAGAAUUAGAUAAAUGAACUUUAAGAUGAAAUAAAUGAAUAUCAAGAAAUGAUAGACUCAUAACAAUAAUAAAUUGAAAUUCAAAAAACGAAUAAUUCAUAACUUAAAAUUGAAAAAGAUAAUAUUGCUCAUAAAUAUGCAAGUAUUCAAAAAUUUAUUUUCCUUAGUUGCUAAUGAAUAAUUAUAAGCUUUAUUUAAGGAGAAAGAUGAUAUGGAAAAAUAAAAAAAAAUAGAUAAUGAAUCUUUAAAUGAAUUACAAAUGAACGUGUCGAUACAAAAAGAAAAUAUUAAAGAUCUUGAAAGUGAAAUAAAAGGUUUAAAUCAACAGUUAAACCAAAUGAAAUCAUUAAUCAGUAAUUAAGAGAUAACUAUUAAUGAUUUAAAAAACGAAAAUCUAAAUUUAUUAGAAAAACUUGCAGAUAAACCAUUGUAAAUAAAUCUCAAUCUUGAAAAUGAAAUAGCCAAUCUGUAAAGUGCUUCAUAAGCAGAUGAUGAUUUGUUAAAUAAAUUUAACACUUUGAAUGUUGAAUAUCAAAACCUUAAUAAAAGCUAUUUAAAUUUAUAAUCAGAAUAUGGCAAUUAAUAAAUAAAUUUUACAAAUUUAGAAGAUUAAUUAAAGUAAUAACAACUUUUAAAUAAUAAUCUGAACUCAGACAAUGAUAACUUAAAAAAAAUGAUCUAAAACUUAGAAAAUGAAAAUAGAAAAUUAAAUAAGUAAAAUUCUGAAUUAUUGUCUUAAAUAAAUAUUUAUUAGGUUAAAGAAGAUGAAAACUGUAAAGUUUUUAGACAAUUAAAUGAGAAUAUAGAUAAGAAAAAUGUCGAAAAUAUUCGUCUCAAAAAUAAAACAAAAAAACAAAUUGGAAGCUAUUUCAUUGUCUUAUGUAGAAUUUAAAAGUUAGAAAAAGAUAAAUCAACCUAAGAAUAAAAAAUUACAAAACAAUAAGGCGUCAUAAAUGAUUUGUUGUUAACUCUUGAAUAAUAGCGAAAAGAAGUGAACUAAUUUUUAAAUAUAGAAUAAAAAUAAUUAGAAUAGAGAGAUAUAAAGCCUAUAGAAUUGGAGGAAUAAAAAAAUUUGAAAAUGUUGAAUUAAAAGAUUUUGGGAAAGUUCUUUAGAUUAAUGAUAAAAUAUUAAUAAAAAGAUUAACAAAUCAAAAAUUUAACAUAAAGGCUUUCAAAGUUAAAGUCAAUCAAUGAUGCUUUAACCAACUAAAGUGAGGAUAAUCAUUAGAUAAAAAAAGAAGAAGAUUUGUUAGAAAUUUCAAAACGCCCAUUAGUUAAUGAAGAAUGUAGUGAAAGUCUACUUCAUGCAGAAGAAUUACAAAAAGUAAAAUUAUUUAACCUAAGACUUUUGACUAAACUUUUCCGUAUUGCGACUCAAUUAAAUUAAAAAAAAUAAAUAAAUUUAGAUUUCGAAAGAAGAUUGAAUAAACAAAAGGCUAUAAAUGCUUAAUUAUAAAAUUAAAUUGAACAAUUUAAAGCAACAAAUAAAGAAAAUGAGUUAGAAGAUUAGUUAAAGCUUGUAGAUGAUAAUACUGAUUAUGAAUAACUCUAAGGAAAUACUGAAAGUUUGAAAAAUUUUAAUAAGAAGCUACUAGUUAAAUGUUUUAGAAAUGUAUACCUAUAGUAAAAAUUGGCUAAAGAAAAUUUAUUGCUAAAUAAUCGAAUAAAUAAGCUUAAGGCUUAGUUAAAUGAGACAAAUUAAGAAAAUAUAGUUACAGAAUAAAGUAAAAAAAAAGAAUAGAAUGAGAUUUAGAAUAUAACACCAAAAGAGGAUGAAUAUAUUCAAAAAAUUUCAAAAUAAGAAUUAAAAUAUUUAUCUAAAUGGUUCAGAGCUAUGUGUUUNGAAUUAUUAUUGUAAAAUUCAAGUGAUGAAACGGAAGUAAGUUCCUAUUCUUCACAGAAAAAUUAGCAAGAAUAAGUAAAUGUUCAGAAUAACUCAGAAAUGAAAGAUUUGUAAGAAGAAAAUGACAAAUUGAAAUAAGAAUUGAAAAAGCAAACAAAUUAGAAUAAUAGAUGGUUAGCCAAAUUAUUUAGAGCUUUAAAUUGUAUAAAGAGUAGAAAUAGUUUGGUUGAUUAACUUAAUCAAAAGUUAGCAAAACAAAAAGCCAUAAAUGAGGAAUUGAGAGAGCAAAUCAAGAUGAAUGAAGAAGAUGUAGAAAAUUUGGAAGUGAAAGAAAAAUCUGAAGAAUAGGAAGAAUAAUCAGCACCAGUAUCACAAGAUGAUGGAGAAGGAUAAAAAAAGCUCAGAAGUCAGAAUAAUAAAUUGCUGGGCAAAUUAUUCAGAGUGAUGAGCUAAUUUAAUAAAAAGAAUAAUGAAAUUGAGGAAUUGAAGGAAAGAUUACAUAAAUAGAAGGCAAUUCUAGAUGAAUUAAGCAAUUAAAAUAAUGCUUCCAUUUCAGAAGAAAAAGGAGAUGACCUUGGAAAAGCAGAAGAAAUUGAAUUAAAUUAGGAGGUUUAAUAAAUUCCAGAGGUUGAACAAUUGAAGAAGCAAAAACUCACAUUAUUUGGAAAAUUGUUCAGAGCAAUGAGCUUAAUAAACCAGAAGAAUAAGGAAAUUGAAUCUUUAAGUGAUAGAUUAAAUAAACAAAAAGCCAUCAUAGAAGAAUUAACAUCUUCAAACUCAGAAAACUUGGUAAUUGAGAUGGAACCAUAAUAAAUUGAACUUCAGAGUGCUCCUAACAAUUUAAUUGAAGAUAAUGGUAAUUUAGAACUGAACAAUACAGAAGAAUUCAAAAAAUUGAAAACUUCCAAUGAUAGAUCUUUGAGCAAAUUAUUCAGAGCUAUGUUUUUGAUUUCUAAGAAAAAUAACUAAAUCGAAUAAUUGAAUUCUAGAUUGCUUAAGCAAAAAGCAAUAAUUGAAGAGUUAGCUCAAAAUGAUAGUGCUUAAUAAUAAAGAGAGAAGAUUCAUAAGCUUUUGGGCAAACUCUUUAGAGCAAUCAGUGAUUUGAACAUGAAGCAGAAAUAAAAUGAGGAGUUGAAAGAACGAUUAUCAAAAAGUAAGGCUCUUGUAGACAGUUUACUCAAUUAAGUUCCUCAAAAGGAAGAAGAGGUUGCUUCUGAAAUUAAACAAUCUGAUCAAGAAGAGAUAACUAUGCCAACAGAUAUAAUUCAGCGUUUAGAGGCUGACCAAUAGCAAUUAAAAAAUAGAAAUAUUAAACUGACUUCAAAGAUGUUUAAGAUAAUGAUUAAAUUAAGUCAGAAGGACAAAAUGAUUGAAUCCUUAUCAGAGCGCCUUCUUAAACAAAAAGCAAUAAAUGAUGAAUUAAGGAAUCAAGUAGUGGACUCUCUGUAACCAUAACCUGAAUGUGAAACGAUGGAGAUCGUAGAUAACCAACAAUAGGUAAAUGCAGACGAGUUUAAUAAGAUUAAAAAUUCUAACAGCAAAUCUCUCGCUAAAAUAUUCAGAUUAGUGUUCAAAUUAAAUUAAAAAGAGAAGAUUAUUGAUGAGUAAAAUUCAAGAAUUGCAAAAUUGAAAUAGAUUGUUUCGGAAUAUGCCCUAAAUGAUGAUACUUUAAAAAAGGUAAAGGACAAAAAUCACAAAUUGCUGGCUUAAUAAUUUAGAGUUGUGAUUAAGUUAGCAAAACAAUAAUAAGAAAAUGAAGAACUCAAGAAUAGAUUGAGUAAAUCAAAGUAAUUGGUUGUUGAAUAAUAAGAUAUGGUUGAAAAUUUGUAGCAGUAACUUCAAAGCAAUGUGAUUCAGAACCAAGAACAAGAUGUUCCUAAAGAGUAAUAUUAAGAAUAAUAACAAGGAAUUGAUCUUUCGAAUAAGGAUGAAGAAAUUUAAAGUUUAAUUAGGUAAAAGAACAAAUAAUUGGGAAAACUUUUCAAAAUAAUGAUUUAGUUAGAAAGAAAGAAUAAAGAAAUCGAAUAGUUAUCAUAAAGGUUAUUGAAAUAAAAAGCAAUAAAUGAUGAAUUAUUAUUGUAAAAUUCAAGUGAUGAAACGGAAGUAAGUUCCUAUUCUUCACAGAAAAAUUAGCAAGAAUAAGUAAAUGUUCAGAAUAACUCAGAAAUGAAAGAUUUGUAAGAAGAAAAUGACAAAUUGAAAUAAGAAUUGAAAAAGCAAACAAAUUAGAAUAAUAGAUGGUUAGCCAAAUUAUUUAGAGCUUUAAAUUGUAUAAAGAGUAGAAAUAGUUUGGUUGAUUAACUUAAUCAAAAGUUAGCAAAACAAAAAGCCAUAAAUGAGGAAUUGAGAGAGCAAAUCAAGAUGAAUGAAGAAGAUGUAGAAAAUUUGGAAGUGAAAGAAAAAUCUGAAGAAUAGGAAGAAUAAUCAGCACCAGUAUCACAAGAUGAUGGAGAAGGAUAAAAAAAGCUCAGAAGUCAGAAUAAUAAAUUGCUGGGCAAAUUAUUCAGAGUGAUGAGCUAAUUUAAUAAAAAGAAUAAUGAAAUUGAGGAAUUGAAGGAAAGAUUACAUAAAUAGAAGGCAAUUCUAGAUGAAUUAAGCAAUUAAAAUAAUGCUUCCAUUUCAGAAGAAAAAGGAGAUGACCUUGGAAAAGCAGAAGAAAUUGAAUUAAAUUAGGAGGUUUAAUAAAUUCCAGAGGUUGAACAAUUGAAGAAGCAAAAACUCACAUUAUUUGGAAAAUUGUUCAGAGCAAUGAGCUUAAUAAACCAGAAGAAUAAGGAAAUUGAAUCUUUAAGUGAUAGAUUAAAUAAACAAAAAGCCAUCAUAGAAGAAUUAACAUCUUCAAACUCAGAAAACUUGGUAAUUGAGAUGGAACCAUAAUAAAUUGAACUUCAGAGUGCUCCUAACAAUUUAAUUGAAGAUAAUGGUAAUUUAGAACUGAACAAUACAGAAGAAUUCAAAAAAUUGAAAACUUCCAAUGAUAGAUCUUUGAGCAAAUUAUUCAGAGCUAUGUUUUUGAUUUCUAAGAAAAAUAACUAAAUCGAAUAAUUGAAUUCUAGAUUGCUUAAGCAAAAAGCAAUAAUUGAAGAGUUAGCUCAAAAUGAUAGUGCUUAAUAAUAAAGAGAGAAGAUUCAUAAGCUUUUGGGCAAACUCUUUAGAGCAAUCAGUGAUUUGAACAUGAAGCAGAAAUAAAAUGAGGAGUUGAAAGAACGAUUAUCAAAAAGUAAGGCUCUUGUAGACAGUUUACUCAAUUAAGUUCCUCAAAAGGAAGAAGAGGUUGCUUCUGAAAUUAAACAAUCUGAUCAAGAAGAGAUAACUAUGCCAACAGAUAUAAUUCAGCGUUUAGAGGCUGACCAAUAGCAAUUAAAAAAUAGAAAUAUUAAACUGACUUCAAAGAUGUUUAAGAUAAUGAUUAAAUUAAGUCAGAAGGACAAAAUGAUUGAAUCCUUAUCAGAGCGCCUUCUUAAACAAAAAGCAAUAAAUGAUGAAUUAAGGAAUCAAGUAGUGGACUCUCUGUAACCAUAACCUGAAUGUGAAACGAUGGAGAUCGUAGAUAACCAACAAUAGGUAAAUGCAGACGAGUUUAAUAAGAUUAAAAAUUCUAACAGCAAAUCUCUCGCUAAAAUAUUCAGAUUAGUGUUCAAAUUAAAUUAAAAAGAGAAGAUUAUUGAUGAGUAAAAUUCAAGAAUUGCAAAAUUGAAAUAGAUUGUUUCGGAAUAUGCCCUAAAUGAUGAUACUUUAAAAAAGGUAAAGGACAAAAAUCACAAAUUGCUGGCUUAAUAAUUUAGAGUUGUGAUUAAGUUAGCAAAACAAUAAUAAGAAAAUGAAGAACUCAAGAAUAGAUUGAGUAAAUCAAAGUAAUUGGUUGUUGAAUAAUAAGAUAUGGUUGAAAAUUUGUAGCAGUAACUUCAAAGCAAUGUGAUUCAGAACCAAGAACAAGAUGUUCCUAAAGAGUAAUAUUAAGAAUAAUAACAAGGAAUUGAUCUUUCGAAUAAGGAUGAAGAAAUUUAAAGUUUAAUUAGGUAAAAGAACAAAUAAUUGGGAAAACUUUUCAAAAUAAUGAUUUAGUUAGAAAGAAAGAAUAAAGAAAUCGAAUAGUUAUCAUAAAGGUUAUUGAAAUAAAAAGCAAUAAAUGAUGAAUUAUUAUUGUAAAAUUCAAGUGAUGAAACGGAAGUAAGUUCCUAUUCUUCACAGAAAAAUUAGCAAGAAUAAGUAAAUGUUCAGAAUAACUCAGAAAUGAAAGAUUUGUAAGAAGAAAAUGACAAAUUGAAAUAAGAAUUGAAAAAGCAAACAAAUUAGAAUAAUAGAUGGUUAGCCAAAUUAUUUAGAGCUUUAAAUUGUAUAAAGAGUAGAAAUAGUUUGGUUGAUUAACUUAAUCAAAAGUUAGCAAAACAAAAAGCCAUAAAUGAGGAAUUGAGAGAGCAAAUCAAGAUGAAUGAAGAAGAUGUAGAAAAUUUGGAAGUGAAAGAAAAAUCUGAAGAAUAGGAAGAAUAAUCAGCACCAGUAUCACAAGAUGAUGGAGAAGGAUAAAAAAAGCUCAGAAGUCAGAAUAAUAAAUUGCUGGGCAAAUUAUUCAGAGUGAUGAGCUAAUUUAAUAAAAAGAAUAAUGAAAUUGAGGAAUUGAAGGAAAGAUUACAUAAAUAGAAGGCAAUUCUAGAUGAAUUAAGCAAUUAAAAUAAUGCUUCCAUUUCAGAAGAAAAAGGAGAUGACCUUGGAAAAGCAGAAGAAAUUGAAUUAAAUUAGGAGGUUUAAUAAAUUCCAGAGGUUGAACAAUUGAAGAAGCAAAAACUCACAUUAUUUGGAAAAUUGUUCAGAGCAAUGAGCUUAAUAAACCAGAAGAAUAAGGAAAUUGAAUCUUUAAGUGAUAGAUUAAAUAAACAAAAAGCCAUCAUAGAAGAAUUAACAUCUUCAAACUCAGAAAACUUGGUAAUUGAGAUGGAACCAUAAUAAAUUGAACUUCAGAGUGCUCCUAACAAUUUAAUUGAAGAUAAUGGUAAUUUAGAACUGAACAAUACAGAAGAAUUCAAAAAAUUGAAAACUUCCAAUGAUAGAUCUUUGAGCAAAUUAUUCAGAGCUAUGUUUUUGAUUUCUAAGAAAAAUAACUAAAUCGAAUAAUUGAAUUCUAGAUUGCUUAAGCAAAAAGCAAUAAUUGAAGAGUUAGCUCAAAAUGAUAGUGCUUAAUAAUAAAGAGAGAAGAUUCAUAAGCUUUUGGGCAAACUCUUUAGAGCAAUCAGUGAUUUGAACAUGAAGCAGAAAUAAAAUGAGGAGUUGAAAGAACGAUUAUCAAAAAGUAAGGCUCUUGUAGACAGUUUACUCAAUUAAGUUCCUCAAAAGGAAGAAGAGGUUGCUUCUGAAAUUAAACAAUCUGAUCAAGAAGAGAUAACUAUGCCAACAGAUAUAAUUCAGCGUUUAGAGGCUGACCAAUAGCAAUUAAAAAAUAGAAAUAUUAAACUGACUUCAAAGAUGUUUAAGAUAAUGAUUAAAUUAAGUCAGAAGGACAAAAUGAUUGAAUCCUUAUCAGAGCGCCUUCUUAAACAAAAAGCAAUAAAUGAUGAAUUAAGGAAUCAAGUAGUGGACUCUCUGUAACCAUAACCUGAAUGUGAAACGAUGGAGAUCGUAGAUAACCAACAAUAGGUAAAUGCAGACGAGUUUAAUAAGAUUAAAAAUUCUAACAGCAAAUCUCUCGCUAAAAUAUUCAGAUUAGUGUUCAAAUUAAAUUAAAAAGAGAAGAUUAUUGAUGAGUAAAAUUCAAGAAUUGCAAAAUUGAAAUAGAUUGUUUCGGAAUAUGCCCUAAAUGAUGAUACUUUAAAAAAGGUAAAGGACAAAAAUCACAAAUUGCUGGCUUAAUAAUUUAGAGUUGUGAUUAAGUUAGCAAAACAAUAAUAAGAAAAUGAAGAACUCAAGAAUAGAUUGAGUAAAUCAAAGUAAUUGGUUGUUGAAUAAUAAGAUAUGGUUGAAAAUUUGUAGCAGUAACUUCAAAGCAAUGUGAUUCAGAACCAAGAACAAGAUGUUCCUAAAGAGUAAUAUUAAGAAUAAUAACAAGGAAUUGAUCUUUCGAAUAAGGAUGAAGAAAUUUAAAGUUUAAUUAGGUAAAAGAACAAAUAAUUGGGAAAACUUUUCAAAAUAAUGAUUUAGUUAGAAAGAAAGAAUAAAGAAAUCGAAUAGUUAUCAUAAAGGUUAUUGAAAUAAAAAGCAAUAAAUGAUGAAUUAUUAUUGUAAAAUUCAAGUGAUGAAACGGAAGUAAGUUCCUAUUCUUCACAGAAAAAUUAGCAAGAAUAAGUAAAUGUUCAGAAUAACUCAGAAAUGAAAGAUUUGUAAGAAGAAAAUGACAAAUUGAAAUAAGAAUUGAAAAAGCAAACAAAUUAGAAUAAUAGAUGGUUAGCCAAAUUAUUUAGAGCUUUAAAUUGUAUAAAGAGUAGAAAUAGUUUGGUUGAUUAACUUAAUCAAAAGUUAGCAAAACAAAAAGCCAUAAAUGAGGAAUUGAGAGAGCAAAUCAAGAUGAAUGAAGAAGAUGUAGAAAAUUUGGAAGUGAAAGAAAAAUCUGAAGAAUAGGAAGAAUAAUCAGCACCAGUAUCACAAGAUGAUGGAGAAGGAUAAAAAAAGCUCAGAAGUCAGAAUAAUAAAUUGCUGGGCAAAUUAUUCAGAGUGAUGAGCUAAUUUAAUAAAAAGAAUAAUGAAAUUGAGGAAUUGAAGGAAAGAUUACAUAAAUAGAAGGCAAUUCUAGAUGAAUUAAGCAAUUAAAAUAAUGCUUCCAUUUCAGAAGAAAAAGGAGAUGACCUUGGAAAAGCAGAAGAAAUUGAAUUAAAUUAGGAGGUUUAAUAAAUUCCAGAGGUUGAACAAUUGAAGAAGCAAAAACUCACAUUAUUUGGAAAAUUGUUCAGAGCAAUGAGCUUAAUAAACCAGAAGAAUAAGGAAAUUGAAUCUUUAAGUGAUAGAUUAAAUAAACAAAAAGCCAUCAUAGAAGAAUUAACAUCUUCAAACUCAGAAAACUUGGUAAUUGAGAUGGAACCAUAAUAAAUUGAACUUCAGAGUGCUCCUAACAAUUUAAUUGAAGAUAAUGGUAAUUUAGAACUGAACAAUACAGAAGAAUUCAAAAAAUUGAAAACUUCCAAUGAUAGAUCUUUGAGCAAAUUAUUCAGAGCUAUGUUUUUGAUUUCUAAGAAAAAUAACUAAAUCGAAUAAUUGAAUUCUAGAUUGCUUAAGCAAAAAGCAAUAAUUGAAGAGUUAGCUCAAAAUGAUAGUGCUUAAUAAUAAAGAGAGAAGAUUCAUAAGCUUUUGGGCAAACUCUUUAGAGCAAUCAGUGAUUUGAACAUGAAGCAGAAAUAAAAUGAGGAGUUGAAAGAACGAUUAUCAAAAAGUAAGGCUCUUGUAGACAGUUUACUCAAUUAAGUUCCUCAAAAGGAAGAAGAGGUUGCUUCUGAAAUUAAACAAUCUGAUCAAGAAGAGAUAACUAUGCCAACAGAUAUAAUUCAGCGUUUAGAGGCUGACCAAUAGCAAUUAAAAAAUAGAAAUAUUAAACUGACUUCAAAGAUGUUUAAGAUAAUGAUUAAAUUAAGUCAGAAGGACAAAAUGAUUGAAUCCUUAUCAGAGCGCCUUCUUAAACAAAAAGCAAUAAAUGAUGAAUUAAGGAAUCAAGUAGUGGACUCUCUGUAACCAUAACCUGAAUGUGAAACGAUGGAGAUCGUAGAUAACCAACAAUAGGUAAAUGCAGACGAGUUUAAUAAGAUUAAAAAUUCUAACAGCAAAUCUCUCGCUAAAAUAUUCAGAUUAGUGUUCAAAUUAAAUUAAAAAGAGAAGAUUAUUGAUGAGUAAAAUUCAAGAAUUGCAAAAUUGAAAUAGAUUGUUUCGGAAUAUGCCCUAAAUGAUGAUACUUUAAAAAAGGUAAAGGACAAAAAUCACAAAUUGCUGGCUUAAUAAUUUAGAGUUGUGAUUAAGUUAGCAAAACAAUAAUAAGAAAAUGAAGAACUCAAGAAUAGAUUGAGUAAAUCAAAGUAAUUGGUUGUUGAAUAAUAAGAUAUGGUUGAAAAUUUGUAGCAGUAACUUCAAAGCAAUGUGAUUCAGAACCAAGAACAAGAUGUUCCUAAAGAGUAAUAUUAAGAAUAAUAACAAGGAAUUGAUCUUUCGAAUAAGGAUGAAGAAAUUUAAAGUUUAAUUAGGUAAAAGAACAAAUAAUUGGGAAAACUUUUCAAAAUAAUGAUUUAGUUAGAAAGAAAGAAUAAAGAAAUCGAAUAGUUAUCAUAAAGGUUAUUGAAAUAAAAAGCAAUAAAUGAUGAAUUAUUAUUGUAAAAUUCAAGUGAUGAAACGGAAGUAAGUUCCUAUUCUUCACAGAAAAAUUAGCAAGAAUAAGUAAAUGUUCAGAAUAACUCAGAAAUGAAAGAUUUGUAAGAAGAAAAUGACAAAUUGAAAUAAGAAUUGAAAAAGCAAACAAAUUAGAAUAAUAGAUGGUUAGCCAAAUUAUUUAGAGCUUUAAAUUGUAUAAAGAGUAGAAAUAGUUUGGUUGAUUAACUUAAUCAAAAGUUAGCAAAACAAAAAGCCAUAAAUGAGGAAUUGAGAGAGCAAAUCAAGAUGAAUGAAGAAGAUGUAGAAAAUUUGGAAGUGAAAGAAAAAUCUGAAGAAUAGGAAGAAUAAUCAGCACCAGUAUCACAAGAUGAUGGAGAAGGAUAAAAAAAGCUCAGAAGUCAGAAUAAUAAAUUGCUGGGCAAAUUAUUCAGAGUGAUGAGCUAAUUUAAUAAAAAGAAUAAUGAAAUUGAGGAAUUGAAGGAAAGAUUACAUAAAUAGAAGGCAAUUCUAGAUGAAUUAAGCAAUUAAAAUAAUGCUUCCAUUUCAGAAGAAAAAGGAGAUGACCUUGGAAAAGCAGAAGAAAUUGAAUUAAAUUAGGAGGUUUAAUAAAUUCCAGAGGUUGAACAAUUGAAGAAGCAAAAACUCACAUUAUUUGGAAAAUUGUUCAGAGCAAUGAGCUUAAUAAACCAGAAGAAUAAGGAAAUUGAAUCUUUAAGUGAUAGAUUAAAUAAACAAAAAGCCAUCAUAGAAGAAUUAACAUCUUCAAACUCAGAAAACUUGGUAAUUGAGAUGGAACCAUAAUAAAUUGAACUUCAGAGUGCUCCUAACAAUUUAAUUGAAGAUAAUGGUAAUUUAGAACUGAACAAUACAGAAGAAUUCAAAAAAUUGAAAACUUCCAAUGAUAGAUCUUUGAGCAAAUUAUUCAGAGCUAUGUUUUUGAUUUCUAAGAAAAAUAACUAAAUCGAAUAAUUGAAUUCUAGAUUGCUUAAGCAAAAAGCAAUAAUUGAAGAGUUAGCUCAAAAUGAUAGUGCUUAAUAAUAAAGAGAGAAGAUUCAUAAGCUUUUGGGCAAACUCUUUAGAGCAAUCAGUGAUUUGAACAUGAAGCAGAAAUAAAAUGAGGAGUUGAAAGAACGAUUAUCAAAAAGUAAGGCUCUUGUAGACAGUUUACUCAAUUAAGUUCCUCAAAAGGAAGAAGAGGUUGCUUCUGAAAUUAAACAAUCUGAUCAAGAAGAGAUAACUAUGCCAACAGAUAUAAUUCAGCGUUUAGAGGCUGACCAAUAGCAAUUAAAAAAUAGAAAUAUUAAACUGACUUCAAAGAUGUUUAAGAUAAUGAUUAAAUUAAGUCAGAAGGACAAAAUGAUUGAAUCCUUAUCAGAGCGCCUUCUUAAACAAAAAGCAAUAAAUGAUGAAUUAAGGAAUCAAGUAGUGGACUCUCUGUAACCAUAACCUGAAUGUGAAACGAUGGAGAUCGUAGAUAACCAACAAUAGGUAAAUGCAGACGAGUUUAAUAAGAUUAAAAAUUCUAACAGCAAAUCUCUCGCUAAAAUAUUCAGAUUAGUGUUCAAAUUAAAUUAAAAAGAGAAGAUUAUUGAUGAGUAAAAUUCAAGAAUUGCAAAAUUGAAAUAGAUUGUUUCGGAAUAUGCCCUAAAUGAUGAUACUUUAAAAAAGGUAAAGGACAAAAAUCACAAAUUGCUGGCUUAAUAAUUUAGAGUUGUGAUUAAGUUAGCAAAACAAUAAUAAGAAAAUGAAGAACUCAAGAAUAGAUUGAGUAAAUCAAAGUAAUUGGUUGUUGAAUAAUAAGAUAUGGUUGAAAAUUUGUAGCAGUAACUUCAAAGCAAUGUGAUUCAGAACCAAGAACAAGAUGUUCCUAAAGAGUAAUAUUAAGAAUAAUAACAAGGAAUUGAUCUUUCGAAUAAGGAUGAAGAAAUUUAAAGUUUAAUUAGGUAAAAGAACAAAUAAUUGGGAAAACUUUUCAAAAUAAUGAUUUAGUUAGAAAGAAAGAAUAAAGAAAUCGAAUAGUUAUCAUAAAGGUUAUUGAAAUAAAAAGCAAUAAAUGAUGAAUUAUUAUUGUAAAAUUCAAGUGAUGAAACGGAAGUAAGUUCCUAUUCUUCACAGAAAAAUUAGCAAGAAUAAGUAAAUGUUCAGAAUAACUCAGAAAUGAAAGAUUUGUAAGAAGAAAAUGACAAAUUGAAAUAAGAAUUGAAAAAGCAAACAAAUUAGAAUAAUAGAUGGUUAGCCAAAUUAUUUAGAGCUUUAAAUUGUAUAAAGAGUAGAAAUAGUUUGGUUGAUUAACUUAAUCAAAAGUUAGCAAAACAAAAAGCCAUAAAUGAGGAAUUGAGAGAGCAAAUCAAGAUGAAUGAAGAAGAUGUAGAAAAUUUGGAAGUGAAAGAAAAAUCUGAAGAAUAGGAAGAAUAAUCAGCACCAGUAUCACAAGAUGAUGGAGAAGGAUAAAAAAAGCUCAGAAGUCAGAAUAAUAAAUUGCUGGGCAAAUUAUUCAGAGUGAUGAGCUAAUUUAAUAAAAAGAAUAAUGAAAUUGAGGAAUUGAAGGAAAGAUUACAUAAAUAGAAGGCAAUUCUAGAUGAAUUAAGCAAUUAAAAUAAUGCUUCCAUUUCAGAAGAAAAAGGAGAUGACCUUGGAAAAGCAGAAGAAAUUGAAUUAAAUUAGGAGGUUUAAUAAAUUCCAGAGGUUGAACAAUUGAAGAAGCAAAAACUCACAUUAUUUGGAAAAUUGUUCAGAGCAAUGAGCUUAAUAAACCAGAAGAAUAAGGAAAUUGAAUCUUUAAGUGAUAGAUUAAAUAAACAAAAAGCCAUCAUAGAAGAAUUAACAUCUUCAAACUCAGAAAACUUGGUAAUUGAGAUGGAACCAUAAUAAAUUGAACUUCAGAGUGCUCCUAACAAUUUAAUUGAAGAUAAUGGUAAUUUAGAACUGAACAAUACAGAAGAAUUCAAAAAAUUGAAAACUUCCAAUGAUAGAUCUUUGAGCAAAUUAUUCAGAGCUAUGUUUUUGAUUUCUAAGAAAAAUAACUAAAUCGAAUAAUUGAAUUCUAGAUUGCUUAAGCAAAAAGCAAUAAUUGAAGAGUUAGCUCAAAAUGAUAGUGCUUAAUAAUAAAGAGAGAAGAUUCAUAAGCUUUUGGGCAAACUCUUUAGAGCAAUCAGUGAUUUGAACAUGAAGCAGAAAUAAAAUGAGGAGUUGAAAGAACGAUUAUCAAAAAGUAAGGCUCUUGUAGACAGUUUACUCAAUUAAGUUCCUCAAAAGGAAGAAGAGGUUGCUUCUGAAAUUAAACAAUCUGAUCAAGAAGAGAUAACUAUGCCAACAGAUAUAAUUCAGCGUUUAGAGGCUGACCAAUAGCAAUUAAAAAAUAGAAAUAUUAAACUGACUUCAAAGAUGUUUAAGAUAAUGAUUAAAUUAAGUCAGAAGGACAAAAUGAUUGAAUCCUUAUCAGAGCGCCUUCUUAAACAAAAAGCAAUAAAUGAUGAAUUAAGGAAUCAAGUAGUGGACUCUCUGUAACCAUAACCUGAAUGUGAAACGAUGGAGAUCGUAGAUAACCAACAAUAGGUAAAUGCAGACGAGUUUAAUAAGAUUAAAAAUUCUAACAGCAAAUCUCUCGCUAAAAUAUUCAGAUUAGUGUUCAAAUUAAAUUAAAAAGAGAAGAUUAUUGAUGAGUAAAAUUCAAGAAUUGCAAAAUUGAAAUAGAUUGUUUCGGAAUAUGCCCUAAAUGAUGAUACUUUAAAAAAGGUAAAGGACAAAAAUCACAAAUUGCUGGCUUAAUAAUUUAGAGUUGUGAUUAAGUUAGCAAAACAAUAAUAAGAAAAUGAAGAACUCAAGAAUAGAUUGAGUAAAUCAAAGUAAUUGGUUGUUGAAUAAUAAGAUAUGGUUGAAAAUUUGUAGCAGUAACUUCAAAGCAAUGUGAUUCAGAACCAAGAACAAGAUGUUCCUAAAGAGUAAUAUUAAGAAUAAUAACAAGGAAUUGAUCUUUCGAAUAAGGAUGAAGAAAUUUAAAGUUUAAUUAGGUAAAAGAACAAAUAAUUGGGAAAACUUUUCAAAAUAAUGAUUUAGUUAGAAAGAAAGAAUAAAGAAAUCGAAUAGUUAUCAUAAAGGUUAUUGAAAUAAAAAGCAAUAAAUGAUGAAUUAUUAUUGUAAAAUUCAAGUGAUGAAACGGAAGUAAGUUCCUAUUCUUCACAGAAAAAUUAGCAAGAAUAAGUAAAUGUUCAGAAUAACUCAGAAAUGAAAGAUUUGUAAGAAGAAAAUGACAAAUUGAAAUAAGAAUUGAAAAAGCAAACAAAUUAGAAUAAUAGAUGGUUAGCCAAAUUAUUUAGAGCUUUAAAUUGUAUAAAGAGUAGAAAUAGUUUGGUUGAUUAACUUAAUCAAAAGUUAGCAAAACAAAAAGCCAUAAAUGAGGAAUUGAGAGAGCAAAUCAAGAUGAAUGAAGAAGAUGUAGAAAAUUUGGAAGUGAAAGAAAAAUCUGAAGAAUAGGAAGAAUAAUCAGCACCAGUAUCACAAGAUGAUGGAGAAGGAUAAAAAAAGCUCAGAAGUCAGAAUAAUAAAUUGCUGGGCAAAUUAUUCAGAGUGAUGAGCUAAUUUAAUAAAAAGAAUAAUGAAAUUGAGGAAUUGAAGGAAAGAUUACAUAAAUAGAAGGCAAUUCUAGAUGAAUUAAGCAAUUAAAAUAAUGCUUCCAUUUCAGAAGAAAAAGGAGAUGACCUUGGAAAAGCAGAAGAAAUUGAAUUAAAUUAGGAGGUUUAAUAAAUUCCAGAGGUUGAACAAUUGAAGAAGCAAAAACUCACAUUAUUUGGAAAAUUGUUCAGAGCAAUGAGCUUAAUAAACCAGAAGAAUAAGGAAAUUGAAUCUUUAAGUGAUAGAUUAAAUAAACAAAAAGCCAUCAUAGAAGAAUUAACAUCUUCAAACUCAGAAAACUUGGUAAUUGAGAUGGAACCAUAAAUACUACAUAAUUAAUUUUCAUCGUAAAUUUAGUCUCUUUAAAAGGAGAACGAUAGUAUAUCAUAAGAGAAUAUCAUUUUGAAAUUAUAAAAUGAUGCAUUAUUAACAAAAUGUGAUACACUAGAAUAAAAGUUUAAUGACAAAAUUGCUUAAUUUCAUUCACUUAUUGAAUCAUUAUUAAAGUAGAACCAAGAUGACAUCGAAGAAAAUAAUUAAUUGAACUAAUUGACUAAAGCAUCAAGUCAAGUUAUCAAAUUUUUACAUAAAUAAUAACAAGAUCAAAAUUUUGAAAAUUCAAGCUCAUCUUCCAGUUUCAUUAGUGUUUAAGAUGAAAGUUAAAAAUAAAUAAUAUAUCUCUAACAUUAAGUUAUGAAUUUGCAGCAUAGUGUUUAGGAGUAUGCUGAUGGAAUAAGUUAGUUAAAUCGAAGAAUCCUAGAAUUAUACAAUAAAAAUAUUAAAUUGGAAACAUAAUUACAAGAGUCUGAUAUUAAAAGUAAUUAUUUUGUAUAAAUUUUAGAAUGCUUUAAUUUAUGA